CCCACUUGCAUUUUUUUAGUGGCGCAAUGCGCUAUUUGUACGUGCUGCUGAUUGUAAUCGCCUCACCGGCCUCGUCAGGGGAUUUCAUCGCCGAUUUGGACUACGUGCAGAAAUGCAACGAGACAUCGCCGAUUGCUUCGGAUGCACUUCGCGAGCUCGUGUUGCACGAAGCGCGCCAGAAGGACGUCGGCUGCUUCCUGCACUGUUUAUUGGUCAAAUACGGGUGGAUGGACGAAGAGGGCGGUAUUUUACCGCACAACAUUGAAGAGGCAAUCGCCGAUAAGGGGGUGCAAUUUCUAAACUACAUACUGUCUAAGUGCACGGCUGGAAACGAAAUGGAUAAAUGCGAAAGGUCGCUCUUCUUCGUCCGGUGCUUUUGGCAGCAGCAGGAGGAGACCGGGGAUGAUCGUCUACUAAGCAGGAUAGUGGAAGAAUGAGUGACCAAAGCAAAGUAAAACUUAAAAAAUAAAUUUCUUUUAUGAA